CGGAUCCUCCAGGCGCCCACCCAAGCUAGAUGACAUUCCAGUCUUCUGCGAUCAGUCCAAGACGGAACCGAUCCUGUGGUGGCGCCAGUUUACUCUUGUCUCGACAUGCACCAUGUCCCGAACAACGAUCGACAUCCGUGCUUGUACCACCGAUCUGGUGGUGCGUGUCAAGCAUGGCUGGACAACAUCUUGACCAGCCACGGCGUAGCAGUGUCGGAACURCACACCAAGCUCACUUGGCAGGAGUUGACUGACGCCUGGCACAAGCGAUUCCAAGUGGAGCCGCCCGACCUGCAAGCGAUGGACAAGCUCAACAAGCUCCAUCAGAACACGCUGCUCAGUCAGGACUGGAUUACCGAGUUCCAAAGACUCGCCUCCACACCUAACCUGCUGCUCGCCUUCCGCGCCAUCAAGCACUUGUUUAUCAUGCGCUCGUGUCCAGCUCUGCAAAACGCGCUGACACAGAUUGCGGAGACACUCGACACAUCUGAUAAGCUUUUCAGCACAGCGUCACGGAUCAUUCUCACGAAUAUCGAAGCCCGCAACGCCGGCCGAUCUUCCGCGACGACGAGCGACACCCAGCCCAAGCCAAAGGUGGCUUGCAUUACUUCUACCGAGGCUGCAACACCAAACGAGGGUGAAGUGUUGGCAGUUGCCCGGGAUGGUGGCCGGCCGCGCAACAACCACGGCCGCGACAAGACGAAGACUCAGUUCACCUCUACACCGAGCACAGGAUCAGCAGCCGAUGAACCUUGGGGGCAAUACGGACUCUCGGCGAAUUCCUAUCGCACGCGACUCAAGUACCGUUAUUGCCUUUGGUGCAACAGCACCAUCCACGAUGCUGCACAUUGCCCCACCAAGGGGAAACCCCGUCCGGGAAAGUAGGCGCCGUCGAGGGUGACUCGACACCUCCCUCGACGCCAUCGGAAGCGGUUGUGGCCACGACCGCCCUUUCUUCCGAGGCAUAUGCGGAUGUCGGGAGUCUUCCACUUUCGUUCGAAGACUUCGCUGCCCGGCUUGUUCCUUCACUGGAUGCUUCUCAAGGACAAGAUACAUGUGUGGCUUUCUCACUAUCCGAAG